AUUAUUCUUCAUGUUAUUCAAGCAGCAAAUGAUUUUUCAACAGCAGCAACAAUCAAGCUAGCACAAAAAUUCGAUCCGAAUGGUGACCGACAGUUGAUUGCGUGCAGUAAAAUCAAUAAGUACGAUACAGGUAUUAGUGAUAAAUUACAGUUCAAAGGCAGUGCAACUAAUAUAAAAAUACGAUAUGGUUGCGCUGCUGUUUUAAACCGAAAACCAGAAGAAAUUGCGGCUAAUUUAAGUUUCUAUGCAAUGAGAAAACUUGAACAAAAAUUCUUUAAGGAUAAUAAAGAAUUUGAUACCGUCCCGAAUGAUAUGAAGGGCAGUGAUCAGUUGGUCAAGAAACUCGCUAAAAUACAGCAAGAACGAAUACGAUUGGAAUUUCCAAAAAUAAUUGAAGAGCUGAAACAAAAGUUGCAACAAGAGAAGGAUGAACUAAGAGAAAUGCCAGAACAAAUAACGACGGAGAUUGAAUGUUGGGCAAUAUUUAAUGAACGAAUAAAUGAAUACCGAGAAAGUAUUUACAAAAAAGUUCAUGGUAACUACAACAAUGAAUCAAUGAUGAUGGAUGUGGAUGAAGCUAGCGCAACGACUGUAAUAAGUGACAUAACAUCUAACGACGAACGUAUCGCUUAUCAGCUGUAUAAAUUGCAAGUUAGUUGCCGAGGAAGCAUUGCUAAAAUAUUUUCGAAUUUUUUCUCGCUAGAAUAUGGUAAACGGGUAUUGCGAUUUAUGGAAGAGACAGCCGGUGUAACACUACCCAACUUCCCCUCCUUUCAAAUCAUUGAACGCUUAUUUAAGUUAGAGAAAUGUAAACUAAAAGUAUCAUGCGAUCUUUUGGUGAAUAAAACAGGCAACUAUUUACAACAAACUCUGAUUUCUCUGUUCAAUCAAAUUUUUGAUGCUAAAAAUCAUCCUCGAUUAAC